AUGUCGACAUGGAGUGGGAAACCGAGCGUGAAGGGGAGCACCGAGACGAUGCGCAUGUUCUUAUUGACAUGCGUAUCCAUUGGCAUCACCUUCACAUGGGGAGUGGAAAUGACUUAUUGUACCCCAUACCUCCUCUCACUCGGACUAUCAAAGGGGCAGACAUCUCUGGUUUGGGUCGCGGGGCCAUUAUCGGGGCUGAUAGUUCAGCCCAUUAUCGGUGUUGUAGCUGAUGAAUCGACGUCGAAAUGGGGGAGGCGGCGGCCCAUCAUCGUUAUAGGGUCUUUCAUCGUGUCCGGCAGUUUACUUGCGCUGGGCUUCACCAAGGAGAUUGUGGAUUUCUUCAUUAGUGACAAGGACACUGCACAACUGAUGACCAUUGUGCUUGCGGUCCUUUCGUUGUACUCGGUUGAUUUCUCCAUUAAUGCCGUCAUGUCUUGCGGCAGGAGUUUAGUGGUAGACACACUCCCAAUAUCCAAACAGCAAACCGGUGCUGCCUGGGCAAGUCGAAUGGGUUCCCUUGGCCAUAUUAUUGGUUAUGCCAUGGGCGCAAUCGACCUGGUCGGUAUCUUCGGACCAACACUCGGAGACACCCAGUUCAAACAGCUCACCGUCAUCGCCGCCCUGGGCAUGCUCGCCACCGCCUUCAUAACAUGCUGGGCAGUCACCGAACGAAUCCUCCUCUCGGUCCGCCACGACCCCCGCCAAACCGACGUGCGCUUCAAAGUCGUCCGCCAGAUCUGGUCCACAGUCCUCACCCUCCCACCGCGCAUCCAAGCCAUCUGCAACGCCGUCUUCUGGUCCUGGAUCGGCUGGUUCCCCUUCAUCGUCUACAGCAGCACCUGGGUAGGCGAGACGUACUUCCGCUACGACGUCUCGGCCGACGCCCGCAACUCUGACGACGCCCUCGGCGACAUGGGCCGCAUCGGCAGCACAGCCCUGACGGUGUACUCGACCGUCUCCUUCAUCAGCGCCUGGGUCCUGCCGGUGCUGAUCCAAGCCCCCGAAGACAAGAGCUUCACCCACCGGCCCCCGGCCAGCAUUGCCCCCCUGAUCAACACCUUCAACAAGUACAAACCCGACCUCUUGACCGCCUGGAUCGCGGGGAACAUCAUGUUCGCCUGCGCAAUGUUUAUCACCCCGUUCGCGACCUCGUUCCGCUUCGCCACGGCGAUCGUCGCCCUCUGCGGCAUCCCCUGGAGCGUGGCCGGGUGGGCGCCGACGACCUUUCUCGGAAUCGAAGUAAAUAAACUCAGCGGACAGCCAGACCCCACAGCAAGAAAUAUUGAGAUGCGGGACGUCUCGGUGCUGGAGAUGGGCAAGCCGGACGAGGAGAGUAGUUCUUCAUCUGGCGGCCUGAGCGGGGUUUAUUUCGGUAUCUUAAACAUUUAUGUCACGAUUCCCCAGUUUCUUAGCACGCUGAUGAGCGGGAUGGUGUUUGCGAUGCUGGAGCCGGGGAAGAGCCCCGAGCUGGCGCACGAGGCGCACCCUAGCGAGACGGCCGAUCCGACGGGGCCGAACGCGAUUGCCGUGACGAUGUUUUUGGGGGCGUUGGGGUCGUUGGUGGCGGCGGUGGUGACGAAGAAGUUGAGGUAUGUGUAA